AAGAAUUUAAUUGUUCACAUAAAGUUGAAUUAAAAAUAAUAAAUUCAUCGAUGAUAAUAUUGGGGAAGUUAUUAAGAAUAUUGUUUUCGUGUUUUUUGCAAAGAAAAACAAUUUGUGAAGUGUCAGAUUUUCAACUAUUACAAAAAGAGAAAUCGUCUUCAAUUGGCUGGAAAUAAUGAGCAGUGAACUUGAAUUAACAAGAUGAUUAAGAUUGAUUCGUCGUAAAUUAAUUGGCCAAAUUUAAUGAGUAGUAAAAAAUAAGUACUCAACAAGUGACUUGUUCUUCAUCGAAAGGAGAAUUAAAAUUCAAUCGUAUCUCGAAUAUUAAAUUUCAGCCUCUCUUGGGAAGAGAAUUAUUGAAUUUAAAUUAGAAAAUUUCCAUCUAUCGAAGGGAAAAGGAUAUUCUUUUUGGAAAUUCUCAUCGAGUAAUUUUUAUUUAAACGUAAAAAUGGCCUUGUUCCAGAAAGCCAGUGAUUCGAAUGAACAAUCAGAUGCUUUGGUUCCCAAGAAAAAAAUACCUCGGCGGGCAAUUUUGGGCGGUUUGAUGUUUUUUGCCUGCAUGUUUUCAUACGUGAUUCGUACGAAUUUGUCGAUUAUUAUUGUCGCCAUGGUCGAGAGUACAUCAAAUAAAACAAAAGCAGCAUCUUAUUGUGCCAGUGAACUAUUACAAAAUACAACAAUUAAUAGCACAAAAAAUAUAUUACAAGACUUUGGUGUGCGGUACAGGUGGGCGGAAAAAACUCAAGGAUAUCUUUUAGCUGCUUAUUUUAUUGGUGUUUUGCCAGCGAGUAUUCCUGCCGGUAUACUUUCGGAAAAAUUCGGAGGUGCAAAAGUUGUUGCAUUCGCAACUGUCGUUCCUGCUCUCUUAAAUCUUUUGGUUCCUGUAGCCGCUUCAGCCGAUGAUGUAAUGCCUUAUUUUGGUGUUUCAUUAGUAUUUAUUCUUCGUUUCUUGAUGGGAUUUUUCGGAGGUUCUGUAUAUCCAGCUCUACAUGCCAUGAUUGCCAGAUGGGUGCCACCUACUGAAAAAGGAAUGUUUGUUUGGACAAUGCAAGGUGGGCCCUUUGGUGCUUUUGUUACGUUUGCCCUUUGUGGUUAUAUAACUUCAACUUGGGGAUGGACCUCAUCUUAUUACGUAACCAGUGGUCUUAUGUUAAUUUUCGGAGCUAUUUGGAUUUAUCUUGCGUAUGACACUCCCGAUACUCAUCCGACAAUUACCGAAGCUGAGAAAAGUUACAUUAAAGAGCAAAUUGGAAAAACGGUUACAAAAAACCACCCGAAACUUCCAGUGAAAAAAUUGGCAACAUCUGUACCAUUUUUGGCAUUAAUGUGGGCUCAUUUUGCCAAUAUGUGGGGAAUUUAUUUCAUUUCAACAAACGGACCUAAAUAUACGAGUCAAAUCAUUGGUCUCAAUAUGAAAUCGGGUGGCGCCAUAACUGGAUUGCCAUAUAUCGCUAGACUCUUUUCAGGAGUUUUAUUUGCCGCAGCAGGUGAUUUUAUUCGAAGGAGAUCGAUAAUGACUGUUGGGUGGAUUAGAAGAAUUUUCAUGAUUUUCUCGCAUGUUGCACCUGGAAUUUGUUUACUUGGAAUGACGUACGCUGGAUGUGACAAGGUAUUGGCUGUCGUAAUGAUGAUUUUGGCAUUGGCAUUCAAUGGCGCCGCUUGUCAAACCAGUUUGCAAAAUCAUCAAGAUCUUUCGCCAAAUUAUGCGGGUUCACUCUAUGGAAUUAUGAAUACCUUCGGCAGUUUCCCUGGAUUCAUUCUUCCAUUUAUCAUUGGUCUAUUGACCGAUAAUCACAACGGAAUCGAAGAAUGGCGCAUAGUAUUUUGGAUUUCGGCUGUUGUCUUUCUAUCGGCAACAGUUAUUUUCUGGCUCUUCGGUUCGGCUGAAAUUCAACCUUGGAAUAAUGUGGGUCAGGAAGGAGGUGACGACGAGGAGGAAAAAAUGGCAGUAAGAAAGGGUAAAGAAGGACAAAGUGAAGACGAGGAAAACGAACGACUCUAAAUUCGUUAUUUUAGUUGAAUGUUAAUUUUUGUUUCUUUAUUUAAUUUCUCAAUUGAAUGAUAAACACGAGAAGAUUGCAAACAAUAAUAAUACUCUCUCAAUACGCGAAACAUUAAAAGUAGAAAAUUUACUUUUCAACUUAUUCAAAAUUAUUUUUAAAAAAAGUAUUUAAAAAAAUUAAUUUAUAGAAAAAAUUCUAUUUUAAAAACAAAAUUUUGUCAAAAUUAUUAGAAGAAAAAUGAUUAUUUAUUAACAAAGAAAAUACUCUAUGGUCCUAAAAACAAAAUUUAAAAAAAUAUUGUUGCAUUUAUAUAUUAAUGUUGUGAAUGUUUAAUAAUUAAUAUUUAUAAUAAUCCUGUUAGAGACACUAAAACAUUUCAGGGAUUUUUACCAAAAAAAAAAGAAAAAUAUCUAAUAAAAGGAGAGUAGCGCUUCCGUGUUGUGUGAAAUUUUUCUAGUUGAUUUCUUGAAAUGUGAAAUUUCACAAAUAAGUUAAAAUUUCGAAUGCAUUUAAAUUUAAAACGGUCUAAUCUGUAAUUUUUAUGACUGGACAUUUUUAAUUAAAAGUAUUUCGUAUAAACGAAGAAAAUUUUGUGCCAAAAGUUUAUUCUUUUGCACGAUAAUCAAAAAAUCUUUCAUGGUGCAUUUAGUGAACAAUUUCUAGAAAUAGAAUAUUAAUUAAGAAUUAACUCUCGAGAAUUAUGCAGGUGAAAAAAAGAAAUUUUCUCUUUUCACCUUUAUAAUUGAGAGACAAUUUACAAUUUAGUUUAUAAGUAAGCAUCUUAAAUAUCAACGUCCAGGGCACACAUUUUCUUUAAAUAUAUAUUUUUCUGAUGAAAUUUUACACCCCGUUUCUUAACGAUUGAAAAAAAAUGAGAUCUCUUAAUUGAAAAAUCUUCUUAAAAGAUUUAUUAACUCGUAAUAACAACUAAAUUUUAGCCAUGAUGAUCUUAUAAAAAUAUACGUAUUCUGUAAUUUAAUGAUAUUAUUUUAUUUUUUAAACUAGUUUUUUAAAUAAUGAUAAAAAAAAUCAAUAUUUUUUCUGAUAGAAAGAGAUUUUCUUCUAUUGGAAAAAACUUUGUUUCGCAACAAAAAAAAAAAUGUUUUCUAAAUUAGAAUAGUUUUUGCAUUAUUCGAUUUUAAAUUAUAACGAUAAUAAUAAUUAUUUUUAUUUACUUUUUUAAGGAAGUAUCUGACAAAGAAUCGAAACAAAAGUUAGUCCAAUGGCAUUUCAUUUAUUUUGUAUGAAAAAGUGAAAUUUUAAAUUCUAUUUUAUAGAAUUUAAAAUUUAAUUUUAGUUUUCUAUAAAAUAGGAACUAACUUUUGUUUUGAUAGAAUUCCUCCUUAAUUUAUAAAUCUACUUAAUCGAAUAUACAAGUUGACUGGUAUUUUUAAAAGUAAUGACAAAGAAAAUAUAAAUAAAUAAAUAUUCUCUAGCUUUUAGGUUUAACUAUUAAUAUUGUUGUGAGAAAUUUUUAUAUUAAAAAAAAAUAUUUUUUUUCAAACACAAUACGAUAUUUUUGUGCGUUUAAAAUAAAAAGAAAAAUUUACAACGAUAAUGAUUGAGAUUUUGUUAAUAUUGACUGAAAAAUACUGUUUGAUAAUAAAAAACAUUUUUUGAAAGAAAAAUUUGCUUUUCUUACAUUAAAAAUUAAAAUUGUCUUUUUUAAAUUUAAGAAAAAAUUGUAAAUUAUAAUAAAUUAUAAAUUUUUGAAAUUAAGAAGGAAAGAAAUAUUUUUUAAUUGAAAAUGAAGAAAAAGAGGAGGAUUAGAAGAAAAAUAAACAAUAAAGCAACAUUGCGAAAACGAAUGUGUAUUAAAAUUUCUUCGAUAAGGAUUAAUGUUGCAUUUAAAUUUAUGUGAGACGAUUGAAAUGACAAGAAUUGAUUUUAAGAGCAAAAGUGUACGACUUUUAUUUGCAUAUGUAUGUAACUAUUGUCAAUUGACUGUAACAAUAAAUUUGAUGCCGUUGAA